AUGAUCGGCCAGGUCGCCGGUAUGACAUGUAAUAUUUUCUACGACGGCUCAUUGCGUAGCAAAUCCAAUCUGAGUGAUCGGCAAGCAGCCAAGAAGUUGUAUCAGCUGGUCAACAAGGGACUCUUCCAAACGAAGGACUCGGAGGCUAUCGUUUUCAUCAACACCGAGGGAUCGAUGCCGGAUGAGGAGAACCACUCUUGGCGAAACAGUCUGUUCAUGGAAAUCGGGAUCAGCUUGUGCCAUCCCCUACUGUUGAACAAAGCUGCCAAGCCGUCUCAGGUCGCAAUCAUCGUUCCGUACGAGUAUCCGCGAUACCACCGAAAGAGGAUUUACUCUGAAAAUGACUGUUCUUGUGCAAAAUGGAUCCCUACGGCCCUGAUGCCUUCAACCUCGACAUGCGCCGGCACUCAGGUCUUUAACGCUUUUCAACGGACUGUGGACGUGGUAUAG